AUGGAUCUGCUGGCGCUCGUCAGCGACGACGGACAGCUGGGGGUGCACCGCCUGGAGUGGCAGAAACUGUGGGUGGCCUGCCCGGACACCCCCAUCACGGCCCUCUGCUGGCGACCCGACGGCAAGGUCCUGGCUACCGGCCACCGCCACGGCGCCGUGUCCCUCUACAACGUGGAGGCCUGUGAGCUCUUCCGUACCCUCCGAGCCCCCCUAGCGGCCCCCGUCUGCCACCUCAGCUGGGUGCAGGGCCUAGCGCCGAACCCUGCCACCGCCACACCAACGCUGCACCUCGCAUACCGCUACCGCCACACACGCUUCUUCCCAGCGCCGCCGCCGGGCCGGGAGCAUGGCGCGGGGCUGGCGGGGAUGACGACGGCGGCAGCGGCGGCAGCCUCCGGCACCGCAGGAAAAGCCAGCGCCGCUGCCGGAGGCAGCAACGCGGGCCCCGGCGGUUCCGCUGCCGCCGCCACGCUACAUGAAUGGCCGCCGCCGCCGGACUCCCUGGAUGUCUUGGUGACAUCAGAUGGCGGCGGCGGCGUGUCCAUGUUUGCGUGUGGGGAGGUAAUGGUGGCGGCGCUGCCACCCAGGGCAAGCGGCGGUGGCAGCGGCGGCGACGCGAGGGAUGGAGGUGGCGAGGCGGAGGCCGCCGCCGCCGCUCCGCUAAGGGCCCCGUUGGCGGCGGUCCGCGGCGAGUUGCCCGGGAAACUCCAGGCCGUGCUGUCCCGCGACCUGACGUCCCUGUUAGUGGUUUCAGAGCCUGUGGCGAACGGUGAUGGGGCUAGCGGCAGUGGGGGCGGCUUCUCUGCCACCGCCGCCGCGGCAGCGACCCUCAGCGUAUACGGAUGCGGCAAGCUUGGCAGUUGCCAGGCGGAGAUCUUGGAGUUGUCAUUGCUCGGGGGCCUAGUGGCGGGCCGGCUGAAGGCAGCGCAGGCGGCGCUGGCGGCGGCAGCGAGGGCGUGGAAGGGCGCAGCUUCGGAGCUGAGCAAGCGGAUGGAUGAACAAUUGCGGGAGAUCCUGGAGUCGCAUGGCCACGACCCCGACGACGUGUUGGGGGAGCUGACGUGCAUGCUGGCAUCAGGCCACGUCAGCCCCCCCCUGCAGUCCUUCCUGACCAGCACCCUCACGGAGGCGGGGCUCAGGAGACUGGGCAAGAUGGUGGAUAUGGCCGUACAGGAGGUCUCCUGCCAGCUCCUCGACGGGGUGCUCCCCGCCCUCCAGCUGGUGGCCUUCGUGGAGUACGCCGUGGCGGUCACCGAGGUGGAGGCGGUGAAGGCCCUGUUGCAGACGGAGUUCCUCCGGCAGCUGCUGACGCGGGUGGGCUGCCAGUACCGGGUGUUUUUCACAUGGCUGCUCAAGAUACUGCAGUCCCUGGAGGAGACCCGGCCCCCAGGUGCGGAGGGCCCCGUACCCGGGGGGCCCCUACCUGGAUCUGGAUCUGGAUCCGGAUCCCUAGCUGACGCCCCGAUAUGCCUACCCACCCUGCUGGCCUUCCUGGAGGAGGGAGGCCAGCUGAGUGCGGAUGCCGUGGCGAGAGAUCUGGACGCCUCGCAGUCCACCCUGGGGCUACCCGUGGGCUCACUCACCUUCCCUAAACACCUGCUACCGCAUCUGAAGGCGCUGCAAGAGGCCGCAUUCCCAAUGCCGCAAAUGGAGGGGUCGCUACUGCAGGAGGAGGCGGCGGCGGCGGGGGGGGCUUCAUCGCAAAGCGGCGGCGGCGGCGGGGGCAGCAACUCCUGCAGCGGGGGCAUCAGUCGUUGGCCUGAUAAGCCUCUCCAGCGGCAGCUGGUGUUGUUAGGGGAGCUGUGCCGGGGGGCGUUUGGCAGGCUACCAGAAGACGUGUCGCCCUCGGUGCAGCUGCUGGUGCGGAUGCCGCUACUGCCGCCUCCCUCGCCGCGACGGGGACCUCACCCACGCGCUAGCCGAGGCGGUGAGGACGGCUGUAGCAGCUACCUCGGGAGCGGGUACGGCAUCUGCUUCUGUAUGCAACUGCCCCAGAUCCGUACAGAGCCGCACGCGGGUAGGCCGGCGCUGCUGGCCUGCACCGUACCGGCACCGGCACCGGCGGCGGCGGCGGCGGGGGCGGGGGCGGCGGCACGGGAACUGGGGGAUGGCGGCGGCGGCGGCGGUGGUGGUGCCAGCGGAGGCAGGGAGGCGCUGCUAUUGAUGAGGCUUACGCUUAAGCAGCGGAGGACCCCGCAGGCAAGCGGUCAGAGGUUUUCGAGGAGGCUCGGGGCACACGCCUGUCUCCUGACUCUACCGCAUGGUAUGAGGGUAUUGGGACUGUCGUACUACCGCGCUGCACAGCUGGCCUUACUGUUAGAGUCGUACACCACUGACCCGCGGGUCGGCGGUCAGGGCUCAGCAGGUAGCGGCGGCGGCAGCGGCUCCGAGACCGGGGGCCUCUUGGCGCUGGUUCCUACGGAGGGAUUGCAGAUGGUCGACGUCGGUGACAUUGCCGGCGGCGAAGUUGUACGGCACUUAGCAUCGCCAUCAUCCUGUGCAAGUGUGGCUCAGAUUUGUACGGCACGUGGGGCAGUAGCUCACUGGCCAGUACCGGGCUCCCGGCUGAGGGGGGCCCCGGGGGGAGGGAGCCCGGGGGCCGCCGGCAGUAGCAGCAGCGGCGGGGGUAGCGGCGCCGCCUUCACUGCGGGGUCCCGGUCGCUCAUGAUAGACUUGGAGGAGGAUGAGGAGGGGGAUGAGGAGGGGGAGGGGGACGAGGAGGAGGAGGAGGAGCACCUCCGGACACGAAAUGUGGCGGUCCGUGGUGAACAGAAGAACGAGGUGCAAACUGACAGCGAUAGCACCAAGAACGCGGUGCAAUACGGGUCCAGCAGCUCCAGCAGCUCCGGGUCAGGUCGCCGGCUUGCAGGUCUCGACCCACCCAGCAGUGGAGUAUUGCCGCCAAGCCCGACGCAGCCAUGUCCCUGCACACGAGUACCAUCAUGA